UUGGGGCUGGACCUUCCCAGGCUACAGUUGGAGUGCAGUGAUGGGCAGGUGCUAAGCAUGGAGGAGGGAAGGUCUGGACUAUAAGUCUCUCCACUGAGGAGAGAACCUUAGCCUCGAUUACUUGGGUAGGAUGAUGACAGUGACCUGUAGAGUAGUGUGUGUGGAGGGCGGGGUAGGAGACCUUAAAAGACUGUGCUUACACAUCUUCUGGCAACCACCGCCUUCAAGCAUCUCACUCCACAAUGUUGAGAAGUUCCACCUUAAGACCUAAAUUCCUCUCGCUGCUAUUCAAGCCCAUUACAUCUCAUUGUUGUGGGGCCAGAACAUGCCUGGGCAGCCUGUACUUGUGGAGCAAAUGGGGACAGUGGAGGUGGAUGUGCACUAACGCUAAACUGAAAAGAGGCCACCUUGACCUUUGACACAUAUCUACCACCAUUUUUCUCUACAUUUUCUAACUCCUGGUGCCUCUUCUCUCUCCCUGCCCAGAGUCUUUUUCUACCCUCUGCUGAAGGGUUUUUGAGUGGUCUCAAGUUACUUUCAGCUUCCAAGUGCUCAACCCACUCAUUCCUGCAAGAAAGGAAUCCCAGUUAAGCAUUCAAAUAAGAGCAGUCUGAUGGAAGCCCUUCCAUCCAGGUGUGAAUACCCAGCUGACUUAACCUUCAGGGGUCUGGUAGGUGGAAACCAAAUGGUAGCUCUCUUGUCAGGUGGAAUGAAGGCUGGGAAUGGAGGGAUUUCUGAAAGUACGUGAUACCCACCCAGCUGGUAUCCCCUGUCUCCAAUCAGUUAUGUCACUCCAGUGAACAGGGGUUGGCUUGCUGCCACCCUGCUGUGGAAAGGCUACAGAUCUUGAAGCAGGAGAAGGGCCUGUUGAAUUUUAGUCUUGGUCUACCUGGUGCCAGCUGCCUUCACCUUGAGUCAAAUUCCUAUAAGGAUUUAUUAAUGAAGAUGUGCACAGAAGGAUAAGACUGAAUCCUUGCUCUAUAGCAAUUUCAGUCUAGAAUCUAGUUAAGAGGUGACACAGACAUGGAUGAAAUGGGCAGUGGGCAGCCCUUUGGUCAUGGACCCUACCAGCAUCUGCAGGAAGGCACGGAGGUUGGCAGGGCGGCAGGCUGAGUUGUGCCAAACAGAGCCGGAAGUGGUGGCUGAGCUAGCUCGAGGCGCCCGGCUGGGGGUUCGAGAGUGCCAGUUCCAGUUCCGAUUCCGCCGCUGGAACUGCUCCAGCCACAGCAAGGCCUUUGGGCGCAUCUUGCAGCAGGACAUCCGGGAGACUGCCUUCGUGUUUGCUAUUACUGCUGCAGGCGCCAGCCACGCGGUCACACAGGCCUGCUCCAUGGGUGAGCUGCUGCAGUGUGGCUGCAAGGCGCCCCGCGGGAAGGCCCCGCCACGGCCCCUGGGCCUGCCGGGCACCCCUGGGCCCCCUGGCCUCACAGGAUCCCAAGAUGGCAGUGCUGCCUGGGAGUGGGGAGGCUGCGGUGAUGACGUGGACUUCGGGGACGAGAAGUCUAGGCUCUUUAUGGAUGCGCAGCACAAGCGGGGACGUGGAGACAUCCGUGUGUUGGUGCAACUUCACAACAAUGAGGCAGGCCGGCUGGCCGUGCGGAGCCAUAUGCGCACCGAGUGCAAGUGCCAUGGACUGUCGGGCUCUUGCGCGCUGCGCACCUGCUGGCAGAAGCUGCCCCCGUUCCGCGAGGUGGGCGCGCGGCUGCUCGAGCGCUUCCACGGCGCCUCGCGUGUCAUGGGCACCAAUGAUGGCAAAGCUCUGCUGCCUGCUGUCCUCAGUCUCAAGCCACCGGGCCGCGCUGACCUACUCUACGCCGCCGACUCGCCUGACUUCUGCGCCCCCAACCGGCGCACGGGCUCCCCCGGCACGCGCGGCCGCGCCUGCAACAGCAGUGCCCCGGACCUCAGCGGCUGCGACCUGCUGUGCUGCGGCCGCGGGCACCGCCAGGAGAGCGUGCAGCUCGAGGAGAACUGCCUAUGCCGCUUCCACUGGUGCUGCGUAGUGCAGUGCCACCGCUGCCACGUGCGCAAGGAGCUCAGUCUCUGCCUCUGACCCUCCGCCAGCCUCUCCAAACUACGCGCAGUGUCGCUUCUCGGUACCUGCGCGACCUCUGGGCUCCAGCAGGGGGCGCUGUCCUGUCCCGGCUUCCCCGAGUGAAAGUCCAUCUCCCAAGCCUCUGGAAACUGUGAGGUGGAGAGGCUUGAGGUAAACGACCGCCCAGGAAGGCCCAGGCACCCGAGGGAGCCUCGAGAAGCGCUCUGGGGGUCUCUGGGGGGAGACUAUACAGGCCCUCUCUCUCCUUGGCCCCCAGAUGGAAACCAAAGAGCCCUUUACUAGGCCUCUGGAUGCAGGACACCUCAGAACUGCUGGCCACGGGUUGGGUGGGUGAGUUUAGUAGCAAUAAAGAUAUUUAAACCAA